GUACUAUGUGCAAAAAACUUGGUGAAAAAGGAUUUUUUCCGACUUCCUGAUCCAUUUGCUAAGGUUGUGGUGGACGGAUCUGGCCAAUGCCAUUCUACAGAUACUGUGAAGAAUACACUUGAUCCAAAAUGGAAUCAGCAUUAUGACCUAUACAUUGGGAAGUCGGACUCGAUAACAAUCAGUGUGUGGAAUCACAAGAAAAUUCAUAAAAAGCAGGGAGCUGGUUUUCUGGGGUGUGUGAGACUUCUUUCAAACGCAAUCAACCGCCUUAAAGACACUGGUUAUCAGAGAUUGGAUCUGUGCAAGCUUGGGCCAAACGACAAUGAUACUGUUAGAGGACAGAUAGUAGUAAGUCUUCAGUCCAGAGACCGAAUAGGCACAGGAGGACAAGUUGUGGAUUGCAGUCGGUUAUUUGAUAACGAUUUACCAGAUGGGUGGGAGGAGCGGAGGACUGCUUCUGGAAGGAUCCAGUAUUUAAAUCAUAUUACACGAACAACUCAGUGGGAGAGACCAACACGGCCAGCAUCUGAAUACUCCAGUCCAGGCAGACCGCUGAGCUGUUUCGUGGACGAGAACACUCCAAUUACAGGAACGAACGGCGCAACCUGCGGGCAGUCGUCAGAUCCGCGGCUGGCAGAGAGGAGAGUCCGGUCACAGAGGCACAGAAAUUACAUGAGCAGGACACACUUGCACACUCCUCCCGAUUUACCUGAAGGAUAUGAACAAAGGACAACUCAGCAAGGUCAGGUCUAUUUUCUGCAUACUCAGACUGGUGUUAGCACGUGGCACGAUCCAAGAGUACCUAGGGAUCUUAGCAACAUCAAUUGUGAAGAGCUUGGUCCUCUGCCUCCUGGAUGGGAGAUCCGCAAUACAGCAACAGGCAGAGUUUAUUUUGUUGACCAUAACAACAGGACAACACAGUUUACAGAUCCACGGCUAUCUGCUAACUUGCAUUUAGUCUUAAACCGCCAGAAUCAACUUAAAGAUCAGCAGCACCAGCAGCAGCAGCAGGUAGUGUCCCUCUGUCAGCUGCCAGAUGAGGCAGAGUGUCUGACUGUGCCAAGGUACAAGCGAGACCUAGUGCAGAAACUCAAGAUCCUGAGGCAAGAGCUGUCACAGCAGCAACCUCAAGCUGGCCAUUGUCGUAUUGAGGUCUCCAGGGAGGAGAUUUUUGAGGAAUCCUACAGGCAAGUAAUGAAGAUGAGGCCAAAAGACCUGUGGAAACGAUUAAUGAUAAAAUUUCGUGGGGAGGAAGGCCUUGAUUAUGGAGGUGUUGCCAGGGAGUGGCUCUACCUGUUGUCACAUGAAAUGUUGAAUCCGUAUUACGGUCUCUUCCAAUAUUCCCGAGAUGAUAUCUAUACGCUGCAAAUCAACCCAGACUCUGCAGUCAACCCGGAACACUUAUCGUAUUUCCAUUUUGUCGGACGGAUAAUGGGGAUGGCUGUGUUUCACGGACACUAUAUUGAUGGGGGCUUCACGUUGCCUUUCUAUAAGCAGUUGCUGGGGAAGCCAAUCACUCUGGAUGAUAUGGAGUUGGUUGACCCGGAUCUUCAUAACAGCUUAGUCUGGAUUCUUGAGAAUGAUAUCACAGGAGUCUUGGACCAUACGUUUUGUGUAGAACACAACGCGUACGGCGAAAUUAUUCAACAUGAACUGAAACCCAAUGGCAAAAGCAUCCCUGUGACAGAAGAAAACAAAAAGGAAUAUGUCAGACUUUAUGUAAACUGGCGAUUUUUACGAGGAAUUGAAGCUCAGUUUCUGGCUCUACAGAAGGGAUUUAAUGAAGUAAUCCCACAACAUCUGCUGAAGACAUUUGAUGAGAAAGAGCUAGAGCUCAUCAUUUGUGGACUGGGAAAAAUUGAUGUUAAUGACUGGAAGGCAAAUACUAGGUUAAAACACUGUACCCCAGACAGCAACAUUGUGAAAUGGUUCUGGAAAGCUGUGGAGUUUUUUGAUGAGGAGAGGAGAGCGCGACUUCUCCAGUUUGUGACUGGCUCAUCCCGAGUGCCUCUGCAGGGCUUCAAGGCAUUACAAGGUGCUGCAGGCCCGCGACUAUUUACAAUACACCAGAUUGAUGCCAGCACUAAUAAUUUGCCAAAAGCUCAUACCUGCUUCAACCGAAUAGACAUUCCUCCUUACGAAAGCUAUGACAAGCUAUACGAGAAGCUGCUAACUGCCAUUGAAGAAACAUGUGGGUUCGCUGUGGAAUGA